AUUACUGAAUAAAAUGUCUAUUAUAUGAUUUCUACCCAAAGAGUGCCAAAACAGGGCCGACAAGAGUGACGGCGAUGUGUCCAUCAGUACGGAUCAGAUGAUGGACUUUAAACUGAACGGACUGUUUGCUGAGGUAAUGGAGCCAAACCCCGGCACUAGAGAUGCCACCGAACAGCUCAAAAAGGUGUUCACCACUGCUUUUGGUAUGGAGUGGAAAGAUGAUCAUGAUUAUUCACUCAUACCCUUUUCGUGCUACUUCACCAUGGAUAAUGAUAAGUUUAUGGCCAUCACCUACUGGACAGCCUUCUCCUUCUUAAUGGAUGACCAGUUGAGGGCCGAGAAAGACAUCACUGUCAUUAGGUAUGUAUAG